GGAAAAUACGUUUUCUCCAGAUGUGUAGAGAAUUAUAGUUUGUACUACUUUGUGCUCUGAAGUGCUCUCGGCUGUUUGAGUGCCUAUACAUCUUUAUAAGCAUUUUGGAAUUGUCUUAUUUGGAAUUACAAAGCAUAAACAGUGAAUAUGAAAGUCUGGAUUCUGUUUUCCUUUUUAGCUCUAGCAUUAGCAAAAGAAGAUAAAGAUCGCUCGGAGAACAUAAAUGAUAUUGGUGUUCCGUAUGACGUAAACGGCCAGGGAUAUUUACCCAUUUUUCCUUUUGAUGCUUUUAAUAUAGGGUAUAGGAAUUUCUUUAAUAGGUAUCCUCCUUGGGCUGCUGCAGUAAACAAAGAAGAAACGGAGAAAGAAAGUAUAAUUUCUUCAGUUAAUGACAGAGAGGAAUUAUUAGACAGUUCGGAUUCUUUAAUAAGUGAAGUUAAGGAAGAGGAAUUUUCAACUGCAGUAAGUGAAGUCGAACUCAUAGGUGACCUAGAAUCUCAGUCAAGUUCUGGAAGUAUCAGCUACAGCAAAUCAAAAGAUUCUGCCAGUAUUUCAUUAUCUGAAGUUAGUGAAUCUGAAAGCUCAAUUUCGUAUUCAGUUUCUUCAAGGUCAGCAUCCUCGAGUUCUGCAUCGUCUUUUUCAAGUUCUGAAUCGUCUUUUUCAAGUUCUGAAUCGUCUUUUUCAAGUUCUGAAUUGUCUUUUUCGAGUUCUGCAUCGUCGGCAUCGUUUUCCUUACCUUCAAAAUCUGUGUCGCACUCAGCUUCAGACAAAAGUUCAUCAAUGUCUGUAACAGCUACGGCGCCUUCUGAAUAUGAGGUCCAAAUUCCUCCUCCGGCCGCCUCUAGUCAAGCAGUUGGAAAGUAUCCCAGUAUGGAAAUCGAUCGGGAAGCAUCGAAAACGGAAUAUCAAAAAUUAAAAGUGGAUGAUGUUAGAAAAUCUUUGAAAAAAAGUUAUGAUAACUUAGGGCAGUUGAAAAAGAAGUUGUUCAAGAAGCAGGAUGUAGUCGGGGAUCUCAGUGAGGUGAUUCGUGACCUUGAACUUCUUUGUGACAGAAUUUGUCAAGCAGUUCCUGAGAAGUAUUUGGUAUCUACAGCACGGAUAAUGUUCUAAACACAGCCAUUUCAUCUAUUUCCUAACUAAAAGAAUAUGGAAUCAAAGCUGAUGGAAAAAAUGCCUCUAAAACUCUUCCAAGUUUAAUUGUAUUUUUCGAAAGCAGCUUGUUAAAAGUCCAGUAUUUGUCUUUAUAUUAUUGUUGUAAGCUGUGUUUGAAGAGUAUUUAUGAAUAUAACAGAAUAAUAUUUA